AUGUAUACUACUGGUCCUUAUGUCCCAAGACAGCAACUUUAUGGUCUCCAUCAGCCUAGACCAUCAUCUGAAGCUGUUUGGCAAGCAGCAUGGCCAUUUAUUAUUUCAACUAUUCUCGCAUGUUUUAUGAUAAUAAGUGUUCUGGCCAUUGGUGCACUUGAAACAGCAUCAUUAGCGAUAAGUACAGAUAAUGAUCUGUAUGGAAAUACUUCUUCAACAGGUGCUGGUUUUUGGUGUGGGGUCUUUGCUUUUAAUGCUGCUUUGCUCAUUAUUAUAACAAAUUUGGCACGUCAUACUCGUUUUUGGGCCACAAUUGCUAUGAUUGCAAAUGUUAUUGCUAUUGGUUUCUCUGUUAUUCUUCUUGCUUUAGAUGCUAAAGCUGUACAAGAUGGCAAUGAUCGGUUUUCUUCAUUACCAAGAAAAUCAAAAGUUCUUGCAGCACAAUUAGCUUUUGCUAUUCUGCAAGUGGUGCUUUGUGUCAUCUUUAUUAGUAUCUAUACUGUAGUUUUUACAUGGACUUAUGGUCGUAGUAAUAUGCAACAACGUGGUCGUGUUUUUUAG